GUUGAUCGGUCAAAGAUCAUCUCGCAUGGCAAGCCUGCACUUGGUCGCAUGCUACUACAAUUGCAUUUGUUCCGUUGCACUGGGGACGUCCAAUCAUGUCGAGAGUAUUACGAAGAGCUUUCAAGCGUUCACGCAGAACACCUUGCAUGGCGCGAGAUUGUUCUUGCAAAACAAGAGCCAAGGUGGGUGUUCGUCCAGGCUAACACCUUUCUUCGUGGUGAGGAGGUGGUCCUGCAGGAGUAUCCGGCGACUGUGAAAGGCGUGAUCCAAAGCUGGGCUGAGCGGGAAGUUUGA